GUUUCCUUGGACAGAAAAAGUUUUUAUUUAAUCUGAUUAUUUGCUUAAAACGACUAAAUUCAGUGAAUUAAAUCAGUUUAUCAUGUAAAGCUGCAGUAAUUAUGGUGUAAUUACAUAUCAUCUCCACUAGAUGGUGGAAUCUGACCAAAGUGACAUUAUUUCUACUCAAAACGUUUAAUCUGAACACAUUAAAGUCUCUCAGGUGAGACUUUAUUCCAUUUCUAACUGAAUUCACCUCUAAAAUGCAAAUUAGAUGAAGUUGUUUUUACAGCUGCUUCUCAGUAAAUCAGAAUAUUAACUGACUACUUGGUGGAGGCUCCUUUUGAAUUACGGAAAACAUCAGAAUUCACUUUUAAGGGACAAUAAAGUUUUCCUGAACUUGAACCCAGAGUCAGCCUGUCAGAACAAACAGCUGCUGGACUUUGGACCCGCUGGGCUGAAGCCACAUGGGACUUUUAUUUCAAGGUUCAGCAGGAAGAGCAGCAGCUCUCACUUUCUGCUCACCUCUGAGAAAACCGAGGAAAAACUCCAGGAUGGCAGAGAGACGGGCGACGGCUGCAGCAGAACCGGACUUCUUGCAGUUUAACGACCUGGCCUGCGAGACGGAGGGAGGGAAGGUUAUUUUUGCCACAGAUGAAUGGUUUGCUCCGGCGAAGAACCUGCUGAAGCGAGAGCCUCCGCAGUUCAUCCCGUCGGCCUUCACGGAGUUUGGGAAGUGGAUGGACGGAUGGGAGACGAGGAGGAAGAGGAUCCCUGGUCAUGACUGGUGCAUCAUUCAGCUGGGAGUCCCUGGUUUGAUUCAUGGACUUGAUGUCGACACGUCUUUCUUCACUGGAAACCACUCGCCCUACGUCUCCAUCCAGGCCACCUGCCUCGAUGAGCUGCCCUCGUUCACUCCCGGGGAAGAUCGGACCGGCAUGGCCGCCACUGCAGCUCAGAUAGCUGCUGUUGCCAAGCUGAGCUCGGAGGUUUGGCCGGAGCUGGUGGGCGUGGCGCCGCUGCAGCCUGGAUACGCAGAACGCUGCCACCACUACUUCAGGGUCAGCAGCAGGAGCAGAGUCACACACCUGCGCCUCAACAUGUAUCCAGAUGGAGGGAUAGCCAGACUCAGGGUGUUCGGUGUCGGGCAGAGGGAUUGGUCUUCCAUCCCGGCCAAUCAGGACGUCGACCUCGUAGCGCUGACCAAUGGGGGAGUCUGCCUCGGCUACAGCGAUGCCCACUUUGGACAUCCGCGCAACAUGAUUGGACGUGGUCGAGCCGCCAACAUGGCGGACGGAUGGGAAACAGCCCGCAGAUUAGACCGGCCCAAAACGCUCAAGGCAGACCAGCAGGGGAUCCUCCAGGUGCCGGGCUGGGAGUGGGCCGUGUUUCGUCUCGGUCAUCCUGGGCUGAUUGGCAGCAUUGAGGUGGACACCAACCAUUUCAAAGGUAAUUUCCCAGACUCCUGCCGGAUCGAAGCGUGUCUUUUAACCCCUGAGGAGGAGGCGCGCUGCGUCCAAACCAGAUGGAACUCUGGGAAAUGGGAAGUUCUUCUCCCACCUCAGAAGCUCCGCCCUCAUCACAGGCAUCACUACAGCAAAGCAGAUCUGACGCCGACUUGGCCCGUCAGCCAUGUUCGGCUCAUCAUCGCUCCGGAUGGAGGCGUCAGCCGCCUCCGUCUGUGGGGUCGGCCCACGCUGGUCACUGGAGCUCCAGCCAAUCAGAACACAGCGUCAUCCAAACUGUGACAGGCUGAAUUCAACAUCACUGACCAUGAGGGGCAUCUGAGGAUCUUAUUUUGAAGGAAUCAUGUUGAUGAUCUAAAUUUACAAGUUUUUAAAUCCAUUUUCAAUCUAAGAAAAGUGAAUGGUUCUAAUAUAACAAACCCACAGAAAACAAGUGAAUGUUUGUCUCUGUCCACGGAUAACGGAGAGGAGACAUCUGGACUCAGGACAGCUGUGUCUGCCGAAGUCAUUUUAAACAGAACCACAGAAGUUGGUGUUAAAUUAUGACGUCAAAUUUCCUUUAACUCAUAUUUGAUAUGAACAACAUUUUUACGGUAACAGUCACUGUUAUGAAAUGCCUGGAAAAUAUACAACACCGUCCCUUUAAGAGUUCUUGUUUUCCUGAAAUAAAAUGUCGUCUUCAUUUCCA